UCUUGCUAUAGUCUUCAAGUGUGUCUUCGAGAUUACUUUUUUACAACAAUUUUUUUUGUUCAUUUCAAUUCAUACUAAUAAUUGUAGAUUUAAGUUAAUCCGAUAAUUGUGCAUUCGUGCUACGGGCUUGGGACGACGUAUUGUUCAACAAUAAUAUUACACGAUGAGGCUUACGGAUUAUCUGAGAGACUUUAAGAAAGUAGGAGAAUUGACAAAAAAGUAUGCGAAUUUACCGGAUUCGUACAUCAAGCGUAGCAUGGAAAAGAUUGUUUGGAAAACCCCACAACAUAAUCCCCGUUACUUGCCAAGAACGGUUAAAAAGAGAAAAUAUCACUUUUCCGAACACAGGCCGUGGACGAUGCCAUUUCAAAGUCAAAACAAUUUUGCUGAUUUAAAGCCAAAAGUGUUUUUGGAACCGAUCAAAGAAUGGUCAUUUUUCAAAGGAGACAGGGUUGAGAUUUUGGUUGGACCUGAUAAGGGAAAACAGGGAAUUGUUGGACAUGUGAAAGAACGCAAUUGGGUAAUUGUUGAUGGUUUAAAUUGUGAAAUAGAAGAAGUUUCUCAUUAUAAAGGGCACUUGUCAAUGGUUCAAAUGAAAGAAAAUCCACUAUUAGUCACUAGUGAGGUUGCAUUAGUAGAUCCAUCAGACUUGCAAGGUUGUACGGUUGAAUGGAGAUUUACAGAGACUGGUGAAAAAGUACGAGUGUCUUCCAGAAGUGGAAAAAUAAUUCCAAUUCCAUCAUUAGCAAAGCAAACUUAUGAUUACAAAACACCAAAUACUUAUAAAGAAUCUGAAAAAGACACUUCAGCAGAUGAUAUAAAAAAAAUAACUUUUUCACCUUUAUUGAAAACAUUUGAAAUGGAUAUCAUGGAUGAAAUGGAUAUCAAGGAAGAUAGAGUGCCAGCUCCAACCUAUUGGUAUUGAUUGUGUAGAAUUGAUGUAGUAUAUAAAUAUUUUAUAAUAAAUGGAUGCAUUUUGUGUUAAAAUUCAUUUUUAUAGAUGAUUACUAAUUAUAAUUAAUGUAAUAUAUAUAUAUUUGUUUUUUGAAAUAAAAUAAAGUUAUGAAAUAAAA